UCAGUCAGCAGGCGGAACUUUUGUUUCAGGGGGGCUCAUAACAUCGUUGCACAAUAUGUCGUCUCUCUGACAGCCAGACCGACAGCCUUGUUUUAAGAAAUAAAUCCAUGGUUUUAAGGCAUGUGUGACGCAGGCGAGACGGACCUGUAUGCUGUCCUGGGAGCCAGGCCCUCAGACUCGCUCCAGCAGCUCCGACACAGGUACCAGCAGCUGGCCUUGCAGUACCACCCAGACCGUCUCGGAGGCCAGUGUUCUUCUGAAGCAGAGUCCGGUGUGAAGAAGUUUCUAGAAGUGGAUGCGGCCUGGAGGGUCCUCGGUGACCAGAACAGCAGGAAACAGUAUGACCUGCAGAGGAGAGCGCAGGAACUGAAACAGGAUUGGCCGGUGGAUUCUACAGUCUAUCUGGAGGACAUGACUUGGGACCAGGAUGGGUGUGUGUAUACAUACAGCUGUCGCUGUGGCGGAGGAUUCAACGUCUCCUCCGCUGAGGUGGAGGAGGAGACACAGAUGAAGGUCACAGAUCAGGAUGAUAAAGAGGAGGAAACAUGCAGAGGAGUGGUCGUUUGCUGUGAUACGUGUUCGCUCAGUGUGUGCGUCACGUGGUCCUUACAUAGACAGACUCACACUUUAAGGUGCCAACAAUAAGACUUAUUUGGAAAACUUUCACCUUUGACAAUGAAAAUAAUACAACUCAAAAAAGUUUUACUUACUCAAAUGUAAGAAUUUAGAAUGUUUAAAAAAACAUUCUAAAUUUGGUGCAAAAUGUAAAAAAUGUUUGGUACGUGUUUAAAAUGAUACAUGUU